AGAUUUUAUGAAAGGCAAAAAUAAUAAAUAACAACAACCAACUGCUUUGACUAAAACUAUUUUGCAAUGGGGUAUUACCUGGACACUUUCUGUUGCAAUAUCAAUGCAUGCAAGUUUAGAAAUAUGUAACCACAUUUACAAAAGAUAGGAUUUUCAUGAACUCAUAAGGCUGAAUCACCAUUGUUGUUGCGAAAGUUUGACCUACAUGACACAAUCGGUUUGAGGUUUUAUAGUUACUUCAUAAAUAGUGAAGCCAGUAAAGCAUAUAGAACAAUUCCCUUGUUAGUGGCUAUGGACGGAUUUGUACCAGGGACUGGAUUUAACCCCCAGUGUUUGGUUGAGCUGUCAACGUGCUGCAGGAAUUUGAUAGAUGCUGAUGUGUUCUCCAAAUCAGAUCCGAUGGUGGUUCUCUUCGUCUUUGAUGACAGGAGCAGAACAUGGAGAGAGUUUGGACGUACAGAGGUCAUCUGGAACAACCUGAAUCCGGACUUUGUGAAGAAAUUUGUUAUGCAGUACUACUUCGAGCAGAGCCAGAAACUGAAGUUUGAAGUGUAUGAUGUGGAUUCUACCUCAGCUGACCUCAGCAAGCAUGACUUUCUUGGAAGAAUAGAGUGCUCAUUGGGAGAAAUCGUGUCCUCUGGCACUCACCUUAAGCGACGUCUGACAGGACCAAACAUAAAUAAAGGAGAUAUCAUAGUUGGUGCAGAAGAACUAAGCAGUUGUAAGGAGCAAGUUGUGAUGCAGUUCCGGGCUCACAAGCUUGACAAGAAAGAUUUCUUCGGCAAGUCGGAUCCCUUCCUGACAUUUUACAGAGCCAAUGAAGACAAUACUUUUACAGUAGUUCAUCGUACAGAGGUCAUUAAGAAGACUCUGAAUCCCACCUGGAAACCAAUGACGUUGUCAGUGCGAUCUCUCUGUAAUGGGGACUAUGACAGGACAAUGAAAAUAGAAUGCUAUGACUGGGAUGCAGAUGGUGGACAUGACUUUAUCGGAGACUUCACAACAUCUCUUAGGGAACUUUCCCGGGGUCCAGGCAGCAGUAAUCUAUAUGAGUGUAUUAACCUAAAGAAAAAGAAGAAGAAAGGUGCCAAGUACCAGAACUCAGGCACGGUAGAGUUAAUGAGUUUCAAAAUAGAGAAGAUCUACACUUUCCUGGACUACGUGCGUGGAGGGACACAGCUGAACUGCACUAUUGCCAUUGACUUUACCGCCUCAAACGGCGACCCCAAGACACCUUCCUCCCUUCACUUCAUCAGCCCCUACCACCCUAGCCCAUACUGCAACGCCCUGAGAGCUGUAGGCAACAUCAUCAAGGACUAUGAUUCAGACCAGAUGUUUCCAGCACUAGGUUUUGGAGCACGACUUCCCCCUAAUGGGAUUGUUUCACACGAGUUUGCUUUGAAUGGGAAUCCACAGAACCCCUACUGCCAGGGUAUAGAGGGUGUGGUUGAAGCAUACACAAAAGCGAUCACAUCAGUGCAGCUGUACGGACCUACAAACUUCGCACCGUGUAUUAACCAUGUAGCCAGGUUUGCUACUGCCAAACAGAACGGGGACGAGUAUUUCAUCAUGCUGAUCAUCACAGAUGGAAUCAUCACUGACAUGGAGCAGACCCGCGAGGCCAUAGUGCAAGCUGCCUCACUUCCAAUGUCCAUCAUCAUCAUUGGCGUCGGAGAUGCAGAUUUUACAGCCAUGGAGGAAUUAGAUGGAGAUGAUGUCAGACUCUCUUCCCGUGGCAGAUAUGCAGAAAGGGACAUAGUGCAGUUUGUGCCAUACAAAGAGUUCAUGGGCAGGCAGGGUGACAAUCCAGCUAUGGUUCAGGCUCGACUGGCCCAGGAGGUGCUGGAAGAGAUACCAGAGCAGUUCCUGUCCUACAUGCGAGCCCGGGGCGUGAAACCCAAGCCACCGCUGCAGAGGCAGCUCACCAUCUCCUCCGUGCACUCCUUGCCACCUUCAGAGCAGUGACAAUCAGAUACAUAGACCGCAACCACACAAAAGCAGAGAGGUAUAAGCAUAUGCCUAAUUGAAACGGAAUCAACCGAAAAUGAAUGUAUAAAAAUGGAUGUUGAAGAUAGCGUACUUUUAUUCGAAUCAUUAAGGAAUACAAUAGUACUGCACAGUACGCAAUAACUAAGAUGCCAAGGAUUCCCUUUGUGUCAAAUAU